AUGCUCAACAUUAAUCGCCAGUUUGGGAAGUUUAUGAAACGUUCAGCGGACGAGAGCCAGGUCUCUGUUCUGCUCAAGGACUUUGACGAUGCCGAUAAGCUAUUGCAGAAGAUCAUUGAAUCGAGUAAAGCAUGGCGCGACGCAUGGUCAUCAAUAUUCACAUAUCAGGCCCGCCUUAUUCAAGAAUUCGAGCAGCUAUACAAUCCCAUUGUUGGCGCAUCGGAGCCAUCAUCAGACCAUACACCCGCGGUAGUCCCCGAGCAUACCUUACAUCGUGUUGUCCGAUUGAGAGAGGAAUAUGAUUCAUUAAAGGCAGAUCUAGUCGCAGAAGUGAGUGCUGUUGAUGACCGGAUUAUUCGGCCGGCUAUGGAUGCAAGAGACUAUCUGCAACCGUUGAGAAAAGUUAUAAAGAAACGAGAGGACAAAAAGCUGGAUUUUGAAAGAUAUCAGGGCCGGGUUGACUCCUCAAGGAAGAAGACAAAGCGCUCUGACAGAGACAAUGCUGCUCUAGCAAAGGCAGAGGCGGAUUUAUCUAAGGCUACGGAUGAUUAUAAUGCAGCAGACGACCACUUACGUUCUGUUCUCCCUGGAAUAAUAACGGCUACCUUUUCUAUUCUCCCACAUCUUCUUGGUGCGCAGAUCGAGAUUCAGAAUACAUUGCUUGCUCUCUACUAUACUGCACUUCACACAUACUGUGAAGAACAGCAGCUUCCAUCUCCACCGCCACCUAUGGAGGAUAUUAUCCGGACAUUCGAAGAGAGUUUCCUCAAUGUACAGCGUGAAAUAGAAAGCUUCAAUUGUGUUGCCGGUGGUAAAACAGCCCGCCAGCCACGAACCUCCGGAGACCAAAGGAAUGGGAACCACGCCUCUUCAAACGGUCGUCCAGUUAUUGGUGCUGGGAGUACCUUACGCAAGCCAUCUACUUCUCCCAAUUCACUUUCCCGCCCACCCUCUACUCCAUCCUUAAACUCUAGACCCCGGAUCGGCCGCUAUGCAUCGUCAUCCCAGCUCGACACCCAAUCUGCCUCAGAGCAACCAGCACACGAGUCUCCAAACAACAGUAGUGCCCACCACUUUACUCCUACUGCUACACCUCCCCACAACCCAACCCAAUAUGUCCCUCCUAUACCCACCAGCACGAAACCAACGCAGGCCGCAAACCCCUCGAUGUCCGGGAUAGCAUCUCUUGCAGCCGCGGCUGCAAAGAAGAAACCUCCACCUCCACCUCCACCACGGACACCAUCCUCGAGCCAAAUCCAGUUCGUCACUGCGCUCUAUGACUUUGGCGGACAAGGAGCUGGCGACCUUGUUUUCAAGGAAGGGGACCGAAUCCGCGUCAUCAAGAAAACCGAUAGUACAGAUGACUGGUGGCAGGGAGAGUUACGUGGUGUUAGAGGAAGUUUCCCUGCAAACUACUGCUCUUGA